AUGUCUUCGGCAGGCUUGAAAUCUGGGAAGAUGAGCGCUUACACAGCAGUCAAAGUGGACCCCGAUGGGGACUACUGCACCCCAGGAGCAUUUGAUCUAGAGAGGCUCUUCUGGAAAGGCAGUCCCAAGUACACACAUGUCAAUGAAGUCUGGCCCAACCUCUACAUAGGAGAUGAGAAAACAGCCCUUGAUCGUUACAGCCUCGAGAAAGCUGGCUUUACUCAUGUUCUCAAUGCAGCCCAUGGUCGGUGGAAUGUGGACACAGGACCUGAGUACUACAGCGACAUGGCCAUUGAGUACCACGGGGUCGAGGCGGAUGAUCUUCCCACCUUCAAUCUCAGCCCAUUCUUUUACUCUGCUGCUGAGUUCAUUGAUAAAGCACUCCAGUGGGAGACAAACAAGAUUUUGGUCCACUGUGCCAUGGGCCGCAGCCGCUCAGCCGCAUUGGUCUUGGCGUAUCUGAUGAUUUACAAGAACAUGACAGUGGUUGAUGCCAUUGACCAAGUGCUCCAGCACAGGUGCAUUCUUCCAAACCGUGGCUUCCUGAAACAGCUCAGAGAACUGGACAUAAAGUUGGCUCUGGAGAGGAGGAAGGCCACAAAUGGGAUUGAUUCUAACAGAGAACAGGAGACCAGCAUGGAGGGAGGAGAUCCAACAUUCCCUAUUUCCCAGAAAAUAAGUCACUAAAAAGGGAUUAGGGAGUUUGAACAACUAGGUCAAGAGAGUCAUUUAUUACCAAGUUAAGUUGCCAGGGUGUGGGCGCGAGGAAAUCAAUAGCACUUUAAAUGCUUUAAAGAUAUUUUUCAGCUGGGAAAUACACAAACAGAGAAGGGAAGAAAGGACUUCAAAUCUUCCUUAAUAGGGAACUUGGAGGCCGCUCUUUUUGUAAGGUUGCUUUUCAGAGCUUUGUUUUAUAGAGGAGGGGUUAGCGAUGAGAGUUGGGGACUUUGUAGUUACCCGAUAGAGUCAAAUGUACGGAGGAUUAAAAAAAAGACGGACUAAGAUUCACAAGAAGCCACUACUGGAAACCGAGUGGGCACUUAUUUCCACACUGGUGUGCUGCUGCCAUUGCCCUAGUUUACAGCAGAAGGCUGCAAAACCCAAAUAUGCUUACCCACUAAGGAACAGGAUGCAUCUCUACCCACCCACCCACCCCCACACUUUUUUGUGCAAAACCUUCUUGGCAAAAUAUAUUAGUAAGGCUGACUGGUUGCUUUGUAUGCCAUGGACCUACCCAGAUUAUCUGCCUCCUGGCUAAAUUUAUUUCUAAUCUCACCCUCAACAAUAUGUGGGGCUAUUUUGUAUUUGCAUAGAUUAAAAAUGAACAUAUGCAAGCGAGCAAUUAUCACUUCUUUCCCUCUCAUGGGAAAAGGCUUUAAAGCCUGUGAGCGUACCCGUUUAUCUCUACAUCUUCCAUAAACAGUUCUGCAUACAUUUCAUACCAAGGUAUGUUAUUAAUCAGUACUUCAUUCUAAAAAUUAAGCCAGUUUACAUAUCUUUUAUGUCACUUCCCAAGAUUUAGAUGGGUGUAGAGGAGUCUGAAGAUUCAGAUCAGAUGGGUGCAAGAGCUGCAAAGAACACUUAAACUUCCCUUACCCUGACUGCAGCUGGUUCAACAAUAAACCUAGUUUAUUAUUUGA